AUGUCUGCUGAAUACGAUAACGAGAACGGUCGCUACGACGACGAGCCUCGCUUCGCUCGCGACCGCAGCGCUUCUCCUCGCGAUGAGCCUCGGGGCGAUCGUGCUCGCAGCCGUUCGCCCAAUGGACGUGCCGAUGAGCGUCCCUCUGUCGAUUCCCGCAAGCCCGUUGAUGAUGAUGAAGAAGGUGCCAUCAACCCGGGCUCGAACCUUUUCGUCACUGGUAUCCACCCUCGUCUGACCGAGUCCGAUAUCUCCCGUCUGUUCGAGAAGUACGGCGAUGUCGAGAACUGCUCGAUCAUGCUGGACCCUCACACCAAGGAGUCUCGUGGCUUCGGCUUCGUCAAGAUGGUCACUGCCGAGCAGGCUGAUGCUGCCAAGGAGGGUCUCCAGGGUGAGGUUAUCGAGGGCCGUACUCUGAGCAUUGAGAAGGCUCGUCGUAGCCGCCCCAGAACUCCUACUCCUGGCAAAUACUUCGGACCCCCCAAGCGUGACUUCCGUGGACCUGGUGGCCGCGGUGGCCGUGGUGACCGUUACGAUGACAGACGCGGACCUCACGGUGGCGGCUUUCGUCGCGGCGGCGGCGGCAGUGGUGGUGACGACUACCGUUAUGGUCGUUAUGACUCCUACAGUGAACGUCGUGACUAUGGUGGUGGCCGCGAAGGGCGCGAAGGGCGCGAAGGCCGCGAAUACCGCGACUAUCCUCGUCGUGAAUACCGUGACGACUACAGCUACCGUGGUGGCAUUGAUCGCUACGCCUCCGGUAGUGGUGGUGGCCGUGAAGAGCGGUACAGUCGCGAGCCUCGCCGUGACGAUCGUCGUGGCUAUUAUGAUCGUGAUGCUAACCCUCCCAGCUACGGCGACGCUGCCCCUCCUGCCCGUGAACCCUACGCUGGCCGCACUUAUGAACCCCGUGGUGGCGAAGACAGAUACAGUGGCCGGUAG